GGGAUUUGGCUCCACAUGAAGCCAAACUGGCAGCACGAGAAACUAGCUAGAAAAACAAUCGGGGUCACUUCCCUUGGAACGGCACAGGCAGGAGACAACUCUGGAAAACAGGCUAUCCCAGCGUGCACUCCCUUUGUGCGCCAUUUUAGAGAACAGAGCACACCAAACCAGUACCGCGAAGCUGAAAACGACACAAUGGAAGAGCAACAGAGUCAGAAAAAGGAGGACCAUAAGGAAAGUGAGCACAUCAAUUUGAAAGUCACAGGGCAGGAUGGGAGUGUCGUUCAUUUCAAGAUUAAAAAGAAUACACCUUUGAGGAAGCUGAUGGGAGCAUAUUGCAACAGAGCGGGAAUCCAAACAGGAGUUGUGCGGUUCAGGUUUGAUGGAAAUCCAAUCAAUGAUGAAGACACCCCAGCAAUGCUUGAGAUGGAGGAUGGUGACUCCAUCGAUGUGUUUCAACAACAGACUGGUGGCUGUUUGUCCCUACUGUGCUAAGGGCGGGGAAGGGAUUGGAUUGUUGGAUUCCAGAGACGGGUGACCAGCAAAUUAUUAAACAAAUUAAUCAUUUGGUCUCUAGACUGAUACGCGAUUUAUUCUCACUUGAGUGAGGACCCUGGUGUUCUGAAUGUUGUACAGUGGAGUCAAAAGAGGAAAAAACAUGUAUGAUCUUUGUUUUUAAAAAAAAUGAUUGUUUGUGUCUGGUGAAUGUACAUCAACUCAGCAUGGACGGUAAAACAUUAUUUCUGAAGGGGGAUGGGGGGGAGUCCAUUACGUAAAUCUAUGCCUUUUUUCCCCCCUUUCGAGAACUCAUCGCUGGUACAUCCAAAAUAACAUGUAAAUUUUGUUCCCGGUAUGAAUGUUUCGCAAUGCAUCCUUUUUACAUUUUUAAAUCAUUGCUGUCAGUGCUGAGUUGACAUCGAUUCAUUUUUUUCAUGCUCCUGCAUCAUGGUAUGUUCAUUUUUUUUCAUUGAUGUGAAUAUUUCAUCGUAAAAGUUUGUACCACUGGCUUGUCUUCUCCGCCUCUCUGAAAUUAAACAGCAAUGGUUAUUUUGGGGGGAAAGGGGUCGAAAGGCUAGCUUUUUUAUCUUCAUCAAGUCCAGCGUCCAGUGAAAUUGAGGCAAGUUCUGAUUGGACUCCCUUGAUAAUUUUUUUUUUUCAGAAAUAAAUCAAGCCCAGUGUAGAUGCUUAGUCAUUUUAUUCAUCAUUUGUUAACUUAAGUAUGAGUCAUUGUCAUCUUUCAAUAAAAGGUGGAGACACAA